AUGACCGCAUACGCCAACACCACUGCCGCAACGGCAGGGCUCGCCAAGCUCAACCAAACACCCUUCUACUUUCAAGCGCAAUCCGAGGUCAUCCCAGGCAUCUCGGACAAGUACCUAUCACUAGCGCUACCCAUCAUCAUCUACUGGAUCGCGUCCCUCUUCUACCAUCUACUCGACACUCUCGAGCUCCCCUUCACAGAAAAGUAUCGGCUGCAUGAACCUGAAGAGGUCACAAAGCGCAAUCGUGUCAGCGUAACGCGCGUCAUCGUAAUGGUCGUUGUGCAGCAGAUCAUCCAGACCAUCUUUGGUGUUCUCUUGCUCGACGACGACUCGGUCGGACUCAAGCAGACAUUCGCAGACCAUCCCGCAAAGGUCCUUGAUCUGGCCCUUUUUCUCCGCUCGACCACUUCCAAGCUGCUAGGCCCAUCGCUCGAACCUCAAAUCACCAAGCUGCUCUUUGGCAGCCAGGAUGCCAUCUCGGCAGCGUGGUGGCUGUACUGGUGGGGCAUCCCCACCGCUCAGUUCUGGUUCGCCUUCUUCGUCAUGGACGCAUGGCAGUACACCCUCCAUCGUCUCUUCCAUGAGAGCCGUUUCCUCUACCGCCACUUCCACUCGCACCACCACCGCCUCUACGUGCCUUACGCCUUUGGUGCGCUUUACAACCACCCCGUCGAGGGCCUGCUGCUCGACUCAGCGGGUGCAGCAAUCUCGCACGCAGCUGCCCUCAUGACGGUCCGUCAAGGUAUCGUCCUCUUUACAUUCUCGACGCUCAAGACGGUAGCUGAUCACGGUGGAUACGCUUUCCCCUGGUAUCUCGACCCACUACACCUCGUCUUUCCCAACUGCGCCGAGUACCACGACGUACAUCACCAAAUGACCGGAUUGCGCUACAACUACUCGCAGCCCUUCUUCGUCCACUUUGACGUGCUCUUUGGUACACGCAUUUCGGCGGACAAGUUCCAGAAAAUGAAGAGGUUGGCCGAGCAAAGGAGGGCAGCCGAGAAGAGCGCUGCGGCGGCCGAAGGCAACAAGGACAAGGUCAACGGCUCGUCGGCACCACAGCUCAGUGGGAAAGAUGCGACGCCAGCAGAGAUCGUCGACAAGUCCAGCGAUCCAUUCGUCACCACCACGAAACGCUCGUAUGCUGCUAAAGCUGGCACCUCUACCGACGAGUAG